UGCUUCAGCCCACACACAAAUUUUAAUUCAUGCAAGGAAAAGAGCAUAUGACACUUAAUGAUGGAAUAAGGAUAACACUAGCUUAACAUUGAACAUUUUAAUAGUCUAAUUUUGGAAUUAUGUUAAGAUUACAUAGACCUCUGAAUUCAGACUUGACAUUCAGACUUGUUCAUGACAUCAGCCCUGAUAAUGCAUAUGAAGAAGAUGGUGGUAGUGAUUACUCAGCCAAACAACAGUAUAUACUCUCAUGCUUAUCACAAACAAAACAAAAAACUGUUGACAGAUGUAGACCUAAAAAUCACAUUGAAAGAACAGAGGAUAAAUUAGGGUACCAACAUAAAGAAGAUAUACUGGUUUCCCAACAGAAAGCUCUAGAGAAAUUAAAUAAUGUUAUAAAUUCACAGUAUCUAGAAUGCCAAGAAAAUAAAUCUGAUGCAAGGACAAGUUCUGUAACUUCUGAGGAUCUAGACAAAUCUCAAGACAAAACAAUUCAUAAGUAUUUACCAAACAACAGACGAUGCCAAAGUUCAAAUGGUUUUAAAAUUCCCAAGAGGCCAAGAAAACUCCCAGAAAUUCCUAGACAAUGUAAUGCUGAAUUACCAGUAGAAGAAGACAAGCCAACAGUUAAAAAUGAGAAAUGUCUUGCUGACGAACUGCAAGAAGCUCUACUUAAAACUGAUUCUGAAGAGGACGAUGUGUUUUUACCUAGUGAACCUACUGUAACAAAACAGUCAUCUGCUAAUGACAAAAUAUAUCCAAAAUUUAGUCGAAAAUAUUUAGAAGAGUUGAAAUGUUCACACUUUACAAACAGUGUUUCAAAGAACACAAAACCAUAUCUAAAUUCUAAUAAUAUAUACUUGGAAGAGGAUUCAACUGUUGAGACAAAACAUUUAUCUGUGGCAUCAGCAUCCGGAAGAGACAGAAGAGAUUCGGAUGGUUCAGGUUCAAGGAGAAGGUCAUCGUCUAGUUACCCUGGUGUUAAUUAUUUAGAUUUGGAAGUAACCCACAGAGGAAUGCACAGAUUUAUACCAAGACAUAAAGACGAAGUGGAGAUAGAAAUAGGAGAUCCCCUCCAUGUAACAAAAACCAGUGAUGAUCUUUGGUGUGAAGGUGUCAAUUUACGAUCAGGACAACAAGGAAUAUUCCCAUCAAUGUAUGCAACAGAUUUACAGUUCUUAGAGGAAGAAACAGAGGACGAAGAUGGAAGUUGGAGAUUCCAGUUACGAUUUUUAGGAUCAGUAGAAGUUAAUGGGCACAAAGGAGAUGAAGUUUUAUGUCAGGCAAUAAAUAAGGUUGCUUUAUCCAGACGGUCACAGAAGAGUUCAGUGCCUCCACCAUUAUGUACAGUAGAAAUAAGUCAGUAUGGAAUAAGAAUGUUAGACAAAAGUAAAACUGGGCAUGAAGACACAGAUUUUACUCAUUUCUUUGCAUUAAAGAAUAUAUCUUUCUGUGGAUGUCAUCCUAGAAAAGACAAGUAUUUUGCUUUUAUUACCAAACAUCCUAAGCUAUAUAGAUUUGCAUGCCAUGUAUUUCUUGGUGAAAAAUCAACUCGUCAAGUCAAUGAUGCAUUAGGACAAGCUUUCAAGAGAUUUUACCAGGAAUAUAUGGCAUUGACACAUCCAACAGAAGAUAUAUACAUGGAAUGAUAGACAAUAACUUAGUUUGUAAAUAUACGAUCGAGACACUUGAUAAAUAUUCAUACAACUUUUGAAUAUUCGACCAACCAAUAAAAAUUUUGAAAACUGAUAAUGAAUAUUCAUGUCCAACUAAUGAAUAUCCAACCAAUCAGUAAAAUUGCUGAAAACUGAAGAAUCUUUGAAAUAAGAAUCUGUAAUUCUGAGAAUGAAGAAACAACUGAACAUUGCUUUAAAAUUGCUAAUAGCUAUUGUUGAUAGUAUGUGAGUAACAUUGACUUACUUGUGAAUCUGCUUAGCAGGCUGUAGAAAAUAAAGAAAUCAGUUUCAAUUUAACCACCAUUUACCAUUAAGCAUUACUUCUACCCAAGGAAGGCAGUCAAUGUCAACAUGUACCACCAAUAUAAGUAGUAGUCAUCUUCAAAAAGACCUUUGUUAGAAAGUUGAAUUUCAAAGUAAGCACACGUAAUAGUGAUUUCAAUGUGCCUUCCUUGGAGUAAAUUUAUGUUAACAGGGAAAAGUACAGUCAACCCUCUUUAUCUCAAAAUUUCUGUUCUCUCAAAGUUAUUUACUUCUAAUAUCUCAAAAUUCCUGUAGUCUCAAAUUAUCAGCAAUUUGUACAUUCCCCUUUGAUCUUACUGCCUAAUAUUCUUUAGAUCAUGGACAGGAACUGAUACUCAAAAAUAUAAGGCAAUGACAUCAUGUAUCAGUGCAGCAACGUCACAUAUUUAUGUUUAUCUGGGUUAAUUUAUCAAUGAAAUGCACACAAAUUCAUUCCCACAAUCGAACAAUUAUCAGAACGUUUUAUACAUGUGAAAAUGAUUUUACUAACUCUUUCAUAUUCUCAACCCUAAAAACAUAUUGUUAUUAAAGACAAAUUGCCAAUAAUAGAAUAAUGGCAUUUUUUUUUUUUUCACUGACUUCAUCAGCUCGAAUAUCAGAUCACCCUAGUGUGCUGGAUUGAUAUUCUUGUUGAUAAAGUAAGUUCCAGUAGGAAUUUUGAAAAAAAGAUAAAGACUAAAGUAAGAAAUAAAAGCAAGAAUGCCAUUAUUCUAUAUAUUUAUUUUGUUUAGUCUGAUCAACUUUGAGAUAAUGGGAGUUGACUAUGCUCAAAUUGUUACAGAUGUUAUUAACUGACAUUUAAUAUUGUUGAAAUACUUUACAUGAUUCAUUUAUAAAACCAACUUAUUUUCAAACUUACUUAAAAUUUUAUAUUGCUGUUUUCAUCAAUAUAUUUGAUCUGUGAUAAAUUGGCUAUUUAUAGUAACCACAACCAUGUUUUAUUUAUUUUUGAUUGAAGUUGAGGUUUUAAAUUUAUAAUUCAAACCUUUGUUGGACUGUGAUAAAUUGACUGCUUGUUUGUUUUGCAUGUUUUAAGAAUGAAUGUAACUGUAGUCUGUUGAAUGACUGUGGAUUAAUUAAUUUUCGUGGGUAUAGGUGAACUGCGAAUUUAAAUGUUCAACAAAAUAGAAAUUUUCUAUAUGCUUAUAUGCAGAUAUACCAAACCAUGAAAUCAAAUAUCCACGAAAAUAGUGGUUUUCUUAAUCUAAGAAAAUUAGUAUUCACAAAAAUAAAUGAAUCCACUGUAGCUCCCUAAUUUGUGAGGAGAUUGUAUAAUUCCUCACGUCAGUCUUGCAGAAAUUUAAAUUCAAAGGGCAAUAUUUAUAAAUUUUAAGAAAUUUAAAUGUUAUAUAAUAUGAAAAUUGAAAAUGAAUGGUAUUUAGAAAAAAAAAUCUUUCAUUUAUUCCAAAAUUUGUAACAGAAUUUCUUGAAGAGAUAUUACCCAUAUGGGCAAGUAUUUGAUACAACAUUUUGAUGUAUAUAAUUCAGCAAGCAUAUUGUUGAUUCAUAGAAAUAAAGUUGAAAGAUUUUACUAGUAUAAACUUAUCCUUAAAGCUUCUGUGCAUAUAUAAAAAACUCACUUUUUCAUGAAAUUGUGCAAGAAAACUGACAAAUUAUCUUUUAUGAGGCAGAUGAUGAAAAAGCUUUUGAAGACAGCAAAAUUCAUUUAUAUUAUACUUAAUAUUUGUAGUUUUUAUUUUUGCGGUCAUAUAUUGGUAUGACGUUGGAGUCGUCGUCGUCGUCUUCCGAAGACACAUUGGUUUUCGCACUCUAACUUUAUUUUAAGUGAAUGGAUCUCUAUGAAAUUUUACCAUAAGGUUCAAUACCACAAAAGGAAGGUUGGGAUUGAUUUUGGGGGUUAUGGUACUAACAGUUAAGGAAUUAGG